CCACAGAUGUGGAUGUCAGAUUUACAAAUCGGCCAAUGUCAAAAAAAAUGACCCGCUCUCUUUGAUGACGCAACGUCCGUGCCGCUUGAACCGACGCGCCGGUUUGGAGGUGUCCUGAAAAGGGAAGAUUUUGCACGUUUGAGGACUCAGCCCGACGUGAGUAAUUUACGGAGCCAUUUUUACAAACUUUGAACUAUUUGACUUUUUCUUUGCCUUGUUGUUGUUCUUUUGCAACAGAACUGAGAACACGAUGAUGUCCGAUGUUGCGACGUCGGCGAUCACGCACUGGUUUCUUUUUGUCUCAGCACAAAUACCUUUUUUAAAAAAAAAACGGUCAUUUUAUGAAUGGAGUCGGGCUGCAAAUGCAAUCAGUGCCAUUGAGGAGCCGCCCAAUCCAAAAAAAACAACAACAUUAAGGAUAGUGAGGAAUUCUUUCGGCAUUGCGUUUGAUUUUCUGCAGCCGGUCUCGCCAUCGUCAUCAUCCUCCUCAUCAACAUCAUGUCGCUGCCGGUCCCGACCAGCAACGUGACCAACAAGCGAGACGCCAAGUCCAUCAAGUCGCGCGUGUUCAUCGGCAACCUGAACACGACGCUGGUGAGCAAGCGCGACGUGGAGUCCGUCUUCUCCGAGUACGGCCGCGUGACGGGCUGCUCCGUGCACAAGGGCUACGCCUUCGUGCAGUACGCCAACCGGGGCCACGCCCUCGCCGCCGUCGCCGGCCACGACGGACGCGUCCUGGCCGGCCAAACUCUCGACAUCAACAUGGCCGGAGAGCCCAAAGUCAAAGCAGAUAAAGCCACCAAGCGACCGAUCGCUCCACACUACCACCUAGGCUGCCAUCACUUGAACCAAGACUUGUACGACAGGUUGUUUGACUUCCACCGUCGGGCGUCACCACUCACCUCCGGCGUGGUGCCCGUCAAGUGGCCGCGCGUGUCGCCCCCUGUCGUCCGGAGGCUGUCGUCUCUUCCUGCUCAACUCUUGCCGCAGGACUGCGACGCCCUCCGUGCCGGAGCAACAGAGGGAGUGGUUCCACUGCAGGUCAUCAAGUCGCAGUUGACGCAAAUAAAAGCAAACAUUGAUGCUCUGCUGGGCCGCCUGGAGCACAUCACGCAACACGCACGCGCCACAGAUACAGUGCAAGAAGAGCGGACGAGGUCACGGCAACGAGGCGGCAACGAGGCCCACGAGGAAGAAGAACGGGAAGGCGAGAAGGAGGAAGGCCGCGGCGAAGGCAAGGACGACCGCGACCGCGCUCUGACGGAAUGUGUCGUCGUGGAUCAGCUCGCCAACAGAAAAUUGGUGGUUUGACCCGCCCUCUCCUUCUCCCAAGUGUUGAUUUGUUUGUGUAAAUAAAGUU